CGGGGGCUGCGGCUGCCGGCGCCUCCGCCCCUCCGCAGCGGGGACGGGCGGGGGCUUCCUGCGGCCGCCUCGGCAGCGCCAUGGAGCGGCUUCGACUCCCGCUCCGGCUCCGGCUCCCGCCGCUCUUGGCCGCCGCAGUGAUCGUGGGAUGCUGUGCACGGCUCUGCCCCUGUCUGAGCACCGAGAUGGGCCCCGCACCCGUCACUGCCGCCUCCUGCACCCACCCGGGCACCGCGACGGGGGAGCGCUGCCCCACAGAUCCGGAGCUCGGAGCUGACGUGGGGCAGGCACCGACACCGGAGGCCGUGGGGCGGCUGCGGACGGGGGCUGAGCUGCUGCCGUUCUCUGGGACCCCCACCGGGGCUGCCGAGACCCCCGGCCCCCAGCGGAGCCCCUCAGGCCCCUGGGCAGGCAGGGACGGAGCAGCCGCUCCCCGGCUCCCUGCGGGCAGCGAGAGCCCAGGGGGGAGCAGUGCAGGGGCCCCGGGAGCUGAGGAGCCCAACGCGGCUCCUGCCCCCGGGCACCCCCCCGGGCCUCACCCUGAGGGCAGCGCCGUGUCUGAAGGUGCCAGCGCCGCGCGUUCAGCGUCCCCCGCAGUGGUGCCCAGCUCUGCCCAGGGGCAGGGGGGGUCCCCCGGGCCCCUGCCGGGAUGGAGCCCCACGGGCACAGCCCCCGUGCAGAGCCAGCGGGGCUCACACGGGCCCUCACCCCCUGAGCUGGUGAUGGCGGAGGGCGCGGGGGCCACCGCCCCGCUGGGUGACCCCGGGCCCCGGCCGAGCCCCGCGGGGGCCACCGGCAGCCCAGAGCCGGGGGCAGCCGGGACAUCGCCGUUCGCGGGGGGACCGCAGAGGCUGCUGACCCCCACCGGGACACCGGGGCCGGCCGGGGGCCGGGGCUCUGCCUCCCACCCGCCGCCAGUGAUGGAGCUCUCACGGCAGGGUCCCGGCGCCGCCCCGCGCCCCUCUCUGCCGGCCCUGGGCGCUGACGGCCCCGUGUCCGGAGCAGCCGCGGGGACGGGCCCGGCCUCGCUGCCCGCUGCAGGCACAGAGCCCGCUCUGCCCGGCCCCGGCACCCCAGGGGCGGCAUCGCCCUGCCCAGAGGGACCCCUGGGCCCGACCGCAGCGCCCUCAGGAGCACCCGGCACGGAGGGUGCCGCUGGGCACGGCCACGUCCCCCUGCACCAGCCCCGGCCCCCGGGGCUGCCCCUCACUCCCAUGGCCCCGGGCAGCCCGGCUCUCCCCCGAGCACCCCCAGCCCCAUCGCCUGCCCCAGCCGGCGGCCCUGAGGUGCCCACAACCCCGCUGCCCUCCCCAGGGACCCGCUGGGGUGUCCUGGGGCUCAGCCCCACUGCUGGCACCCCCACAGCCCCAGGGCUCCGGCUGCCCCAUGCCAGCUUUGGUGGGGAUGCUACGGGGAGAACCCGGAUCCUGGGGCGGGACCCGGUGGAGGGGGCCGAUGCCAGGCUCUGGGCAGUGACUGCACCCCUGAGCUGGGAGCCGGGCAGCCUGGACCCCCCCUCAGCCCCUGGGACCAUGCAGGCACUGGCUCCAUCCCAGCCUGAGACUUCCCUGGGACCAACCUCUGCUAUCGGCAUCACCACCACCACCGUCACCAUCACCACCACAACCACCACCACUGCCAGCCCAGCACUGCCCAGUGCUGCGGGGACCAUCACCCCAGAGCCCAGCGCUGCUGUGCUGCAGAGGGAUGCGGUGGGGGUGACUCAUCUGCCCACCAUGACGCCAGGGCCCCCGCAGCAGCCCAGCGAUUCCCUGGGCCACAGUGGGGGCCCCGGGUCCCCCCCAGCUGCAGGAGACCCAGACCUGGUCCAGCCAUCGAGUGACCCCAGAGGACAUCCGGGUGCUGACACCCCCCGAGCGCCACCGGCUGCGACGGACAGAGCCCCCCGAGUGUUCAUUGUGGAGGAUCAGCGGCCACUGCUCAGAGCCUCUGUCCUGCGCGUCCCCUGUGAGCUGGUGCUGGACAUGGGGUUCAGCCCCGCGCUGCAGGACCCCACUUCCCGUGAGCACCGGGCGCUGCUGCACGGCUUCAACCGGACGGUCACGCCGCUCUUCGCGCCCCUGCCCGGCUUCCUGCGGCUGGAGGUGACGCGGGUCAGGGAGGGCACCGUGGUGCUGGAGUACGAGGCGCUGUUCACGGCGGAGCGCGUGCGGGUGCCAGGGCUGGGUGCGAUGCUCAGCACCGCGCUGGGCUCCGGCAGCGCCCGGCCAGGGCUGGCGAUGGGCACCACGUCCAUCCUGCGCCACAGGGCUCUGGAGCCGGAUCCCUGCGCUGCGCUGUUCAUGUGCCAGCCGGGCUUCGCCUGCGUGCCCGGUGCGGAUGGGAACGCCACGUGCACGUCCCUCUGCCACCGCCACUACUGCAAGAACCACGGCAUCUGCACCCACCCGCGGGACCGCGGCCCCCUCUGCCAGUGCCCCGUGGGCAGCGACUUCUGGUUCAUGGGGCUGCGCUGCGAUCACCGGGUGACGCAGCAGGGCCUGCUGGGCAUGGCUGCGGGGGUCCUGCUCAGCAUCCUCCUCCUGGGCGCCGUCAUCGCCGCUGUCGCCGUGCACAGGUUCAAAGUGCUGCUGAUGGAGGCCAGGGCUGACCAGACCCGCAGCAGCUACCGGCGCUUCUGCCGCCUGGACGAUCUCUCUGCCCAGUACUGGUCGCGGUCCCGGCUGCCCUCGGCCAGCUCCCUGGACAACCCCGCCUUCAGCCCCUCGGAGGAGCUGCUCCACCUCCAGGCCCUGGACCGCGGCUGCUGCGGCUGCCGGGAGGACUCGGGCACCGCCGCCAAGCAGCGCCCAGCGCCGGCCCGGGCCAGUUUCCAUUACGAGUGGGACACGAGCUCCGGCAGCAUCAACGAGCCCAUGGUGGACUCGGGCAAAGCCAGCGACAUCUCCGUGUCGAGCUGGCCCAUGGAGCCCCUCCAGUGGACGCCCUUUCCCCUUCUCCAUCAGCUUUCCAGGCAGCGGCCGCACAAAGCCCGACGGCCCCAUUCGUACUGCGAGGGGAUGGAGCUGGUGAACCUGGAGCGGAGCUGGACGGCCUGACACCCACAGCCCAAGAGAGAGGCCACAAGGUUCAGCUUUUGGAACCAACCACAUUUUAUUUCCACGUUAACGAGCUCAGUGAAGGGAUUUCAAACACUUGGACAAUACAAUCGACGCGGGGCGAUGUCAGUUCCACCCGAGGCAGAGGCCCCCAAGCCUCUGGACCAGACUCCAGCAGCCAGCUUUGCCCUGGGACAGCGCAUUGCAGCGGUCUGCCCUACAGCCGCUCCAGAACAAGCUAAGCCACUGUGAAGAGUGAGAGACAAAUUAAGCGCUGCUGCAUUGUUCGUCAUGAUUCAUGUAAAUGAGGUAUAAACACCAGGACGUUUUAAGCAUUAAAGUUUAUUUUCCAAAAUGCUCUCCUUUA